AUGGCCGAACACGACAGAACGACUGAAUUCAUCUUCUUCCAUCUUGACAGUACCAUCCAGCCGGAGGAUCCGAACAACCAAAAGGGCCAGGAAGUGCUCAAAAUCCUCCAUGGCGUCAAGAGUCACGAUGCUUGCGAAUGGGCGGGUUGGGGCAGGACUGAAGAGAAUCCCAAUGCGCUGAUAUUGGUACUUGAAUGGUCUCACCGAAGCGUAAAUUUAUCGACCAACUCCCUCCAGGCACUAGCUAAGGCCGAGCCUCCAAUAAUACGCUUGAAGACUCGCCUGGAGCGACCCUUGUCAAGCGUCGGCGGACUGCUAGCGAGUCCAUGUGUUGAUGUGACCACACUGCCGUUUGUUGGUUCCAGUACUCUCGAGGAUAGAAUCAAGGAUCUGAAGGCAGUGUCGCGAAUGAGACAGUGUGUUACUCAGGAAGUUUUGCCCGAGGUCAGACCAGACUAUUACAUUCUCAGUACUGCUGGAUCUUUCGCCGAGCUUGACUCCGACAAGAGUCCGACAGGCAGAGUAGAGAUUUGUAUGGCUGUGGUUGGAUGGAGAAGCAGACAACAGCACUACGAUAUGUGGAAGGAGCAGUCAUUCAAAGACAUGAUACCUGACCUGCGAGAGAGAAUGUCACCAUACCCCCCUGGACUGGGCAUUACGCACACCGCCUUCCAGCUACUUUGA